AUGCCGUCUCCUAAUAUUGUUAGUAAGACGGUUAAGGUUAAUCCUUCUAAUGAGAAGAGAUCUUCGUCGGAACUGUCUGAUCCUGAUGUUCAUCAUUCUGUCAAGCAUCACAAAAAGCGUCGCAAGUACAGUCGAAAUGGAUGUCUCUCAUGCAAAAGGCGCAAGAUAAAGUGUGAUGAAAAGCUUCCUAUGUGUUCUCGUUGUGCUCGACUUAGUUUAGACUGUGUUUACUAUCGUGUGUACAAAUUCCAGUCCGGACUGCGUUCUCAAGAAAUAGAUCCACGGCCCAUCAAAUCCAUUCAGGAUGUGCAAGACUCAGUGCCACAGCAGUCUCUCAUCCAACCCCUACAAUUUAAAAAUUCGUUACCAUCUACUCAACCUCUAUUGUUGGAUACGGGACAGUCUAUUGCUUUUACCAAUAGUUCUGAUGGUGCUGCGAAGAACAAUAGUGUCCCGCUGAAUCUUUCCUCCUCCUCUAGAACUAGUAUGAAAGCACUGCCACCUUCUUGUAUUUCUUCGACAGGGUUUGCACUAGACCCAACAAGUUCAGGCUCUACUGUUCCUAGUUCUGUGUUUACUCCAUCCAUAUCUGACAACUUUUCAUCCCAGCAGAUGACCAGUCUUCUAGCCAAUCAGGAACUCUUGGUGGGGGAUAUCUUGGCUGCUGAUGAAAGAUAUCAUAGUCCUACCUCUGGUUUAAUUAACCAGGCUGGCAUCUCUUUGGAUGCCUCGAACUCACAAGUUUCACUGGGUUCCCAAGAUUCCCAAGUACCAGUCGAACCGCAAGCAUACCAAAUGUCUCGGUCUCUAUAUAUGGAUACCAAUUUACUGGAUUUAUCAAGGUAUCAAGACAUCGAUCUCCAGGACUUUGCCAAUUCUUUUUUCAAUAAUGGGAAGAUCAAAAUGGAUACAAGAAUUUCAGACGAGAAUACUCUUUUCGAAUACGACUUUCACUCAAAUUUGAAUAAGUCUGCCCAUGAUCUAGAAGAUAGCAAUAUAUAUGAGGCAUUCCAUCUUUCCCAAACAGAGACCGUGCAUUUUCAUUCUUUCAUGAAGAAUGUUCACUUGAUAUUGAAUCCAUUUGCUGCUACAUAUCUUAGUAGUCCCUUUAUGAAAGUGUUUUUGGCCAAUGCUCAGAAAAGUCCAUACCUUUUGAAUGCAAUGCUUGCCUCUGGGGCUAGAUACUUACUGGAAAAGGUACGCUCUGAAAGGGACUCCAUACUCAAACUUUCGGAUCCUGUGGAUUCUGCGGUGGUCAAGAAUAUCGGCAGGCAGAUAAACAUCCAUGAGAAGUCCAGAACUCUAUAUCUUUCCAAUUGUUUCAACUACUUAAAGCAGGCACUGGAGAAUCCGGAGAAGAUAUUUCUGGAGGUAGAAAGUGCUUUACUUACCAGUUUGAUUCUUACAGCUGACCUAUCAUCUUACCCUGAUAAUCGGUGGAGUGUCCAUCUUAAAGGAGCACAGCAGUUCUUGAGGAAUUAUGCAAAGGCAAAGAGAACUGCUACUCCUGCAAUUAUGAUUGCUAAGUAUCUUUUCAGUGGGAUGGAAAUUUCGGCUUGGAUGUUUUGCUCAUCUGCUUCUUGUAUGGUUAACUAUGAUGAACUGAACGAAUGGUUACCCAUCCCAAUGAAUCAUGGAUCGCUGCGAGAGCUUUCAAGACUUGGGUUGGUCUACGAUGGAUAUAAGGAAGAGGUGAAUGAUCUUGGUGCAAGUUGCAUUGUUCCAGCCUUGGGUGCUUUUAAAGUUUACGUUGGAUUCACCGAUGAUGUUGCAAAUGUUGUCAAGCAUAUUAUUCUUGCCAGGAGUCAGGUUAUUCAUUCCUCAGAAGCUGUGGAUCCAAUGAUGGUUUGCAAAAUCUUUGCACUUAUAGAGAAGGCUAAAUCAUUUUUUAUUAUGACGAACGAAGCACCUUUCCAGAUCCCCAUUACUUCUAAAUUUCAUCCAUUAUACGAAGGAGAAGAUAAAACCAAAGCACCUUUGGGUGGGUAUUAUCACAUUCUAAAGCAGGGACUGGAAAGUAAGGAUUCGUGGUUUUCCUACUUUGAUUUCUGCAACCGGAUUCGUAUAGACGCACUUCAUUUGUACGUUUUAGUAAGCAGCUCAUUCAUGGAUGCAUCUCCAAAAAGAAAACUGGUUAGAAAGCUAUUUAAAAGUGCGAUUAAAGAUGUCCAGUUUCUAAUUUGGUUUUUGGGAAAUCAUCUCAGUGAGGCAGAUGAAAAGAUGUUAGAAGAGUACUAUUCUUCUUUCAUUAUUGUCACAGGUACCGACGGCAUUGAAAAUAUAGACUUACAAUCCGAUAAGGUAAGAAUGUCGAAGGAAAAAAUAGAUAGAAUUUGUGCAAAAACCUUGAGAGAAACUCUUGAUGGAAAAAUACAUUACAGCGAGUUCAUCGAGUAUCAGAUUGAUCAUCGUAUCUGCAUGGUUCAGUGGUGUUUACUUAUAUUCGGAUACUGUUGUGUUACUGCUCGCGAGAAAAUUCUCAUCGAGUGUUUGUUGAUGAGAUUACUCCAGGUGGGAGUUAGAAGCGGAAAGUUCUCAUUAAAUAUUCUCAACAAGGUGUGGACCCAAAGAAGGAUCCGAUACAAAGAUACUACAGGCAGAUUACUGAAACUUGAUCCUGGCUUUGAGAACAGCUUUUUCAUGGACCACGAUAACGGUUUCCUAUUUACAUAA